GUUUCUGACCUUUUGCCGCCCGGCGUUUCUCCCACAAUACUGUGCUUGCAACUGCGUCGACGCCCUCUUUAUUCAAUUCUUGCUAGAUCUCCCCAUCACAGGGAGGAAUUUUGCCCAUUCUACCGGUACUGAAGUAGCCUUGUCUUGUAUAUUUAACUUAACUUUUGGAUUCUCGAAUAUCUCCGCACAAAUUUGGUGGCUUCGCGGCGGUUAUUCGGACACUGGGUUCGUUCAGCCUGACAGCGGCGACCACUGCGGCGUCCAAAAUGUCUUCAAACACGACACACGCCGCCCGGCGUUACUGCACCGAAAUCACGCCAGAAUGCCCAGUCGAGUUGACCACGUACGGCUACUAUCCCAACUUGACCGUCAACUCGUUCUUCAUUGCGCUGUUCGGCCUAUGCAUGUUUGUGCAACUGGGCUUCGGGAUAUGGCGACGCACGUGGACGUUUAUGGUUGCCUUGGUCAUCGGCUGCUUCGGCGAGGCAGUCGGAUACAUAGGACGAGUCAUCAUGCAUAGCAACCCGUGGUCGGGGGCCGGAUUCAAGACGCAGAUUUGCUGCCUGGUGCUGGCCCCCAGCUUUCUCGCCGCCGGCAUCUAUGUCACUUUGAAACACCUGGUCAUCUACUGCGGCGCCGAGAACUCGAGACUCAAGCCCCGACUGUACCCAUGGCUGUUCAUUGGUUGUGAUUUUGGCUCGAUUGUGCUGCAGGCCAUUGGCGGAGGUACAGCGGCGGCCGCCGGCGAUCACGGCAGCAAUCGCAAACUGUUGGAUGUGGGCAAUGGGCUGAUCGUGGCCGGGAUCGCGUUUCAAGUGGCCACCAUGGGCGUUUGCGGACUGUUGAUGCUGGACUUCUUCAUUCGUUUUCAGAAGGCAAAGAAGCUCAAGUCAGCAGCCCAUUCGGAGAGCGAGUACGAAAAGAACCAAGGCACGCGCCCGACCGCUCGCAAUUUCCGCAUCUUCUGCUUCGCUACCGGGCUGGCUUUCACCACAAUCUUCAUCCGUUGCAUCUAUCGUCUGCCUGAGAUGGCCGGCGGUUGGGGAAAUCCGCUGAUGCAGAAUGAGAGGGAGUUCCUCAUUCUUGAUGGAAUGAUGGUUGGCAUCGCCACUGUGACCAUGUGUUUGAUUCAUCCCGGCUUUUUCUUCGAGCCAAUGAGGAAGUUCAAGACAUGAGCCAUUCUGUUUGGGUUUGUUGGUUUCAAGCAUAAGCAUACGGUGCCGAAGACGUUAUCCAUUCAAGGUCAAAUUUUUACCCUCGGCGUCUAGGAUAGUUUAUAGAAGUGUGAAAGAGACAAGGCAGAUAGAACAGGGAUGUCACAUACGGUGAGACAAGUUGCGUUGGAGAUUCCGUGAGCUCCGAGAGCUCCGAGAACGAAUGCGACGCGAAAUAUAUAGCGCAAGAUACAUAGUAUAUGCAUAUUGAUUUAUACUGUGCUACGAGAAAAGUGGACUCCAAGGGGCAGGGCGGUGGCCUUGUUGCUGGACUUUUUGUGGGUGCCUCCUAUGGAUCAAUAAUGUCCAUGUAUCCAUCAGGAUGUUGUACAAGCGAUCCCUGGUGUCUUUCGGAGCGACCGG